AUGAAUUGGCCAUCCAAAAGUGUUGAAGUGAUUACCGAAGGAAACGAAAAUGAACCAUCAACUUCAUGUAUUAUAAAGGACAAACUUGUUCCAUCCUAUACGUACAGUAGUUGGAAAAGGUUGCGUGAUGUUUGUCGUGCAUUACAAGAAACGCAGGAAAUAGCUUUGCUCCAACGGGAGAAAUUGGAUGUAUUGUUGGCAAAUGAGAAGGAAUGCCGUGAGCUGGCUGAGCGAGUGCAGUGCGAACAAGUUGAGCUGCAAGCGUUACGAGAUUAUGUGGAAAGACAGAAAUGUCGUAUAAUGACGUGUCGCAUGAAAUUGGUUCAUUUUAAUGACGAGAAGUUUCAGAAAGGCAUCUAA